UUGAAUUAUGAAUUUAAUAUUCGAAUUUAGCCAUGGUAUGAACCAAUCUUCCCUGCUACUUUCUUGUCGAAUUUUUGCUGGGUUACAUUCUCUUUCCAGUCCAUGGUAUUCAUCAUGUUCUUAGACUGAGCUUGGUUGAUAAUUUUGUUAUGAUUCUGAUGCAUAUGCUGAGUAGUCUCAGGAUCAAGAGCUUUCAAAGCAGCCUUCUCAGGCUUGCUUUUUUCUAAUAAAUAAAUUCUCUUUUUCUCUGCUCUCAUGUUGUGAGCAGAGAUAACUCCUGCAUGCAUUGGAUCAUUCUUGUUCUUGGGAUAUUGAGACUGCAUCCAGUUUGGUGUGAGCUUAGAGGUUUUUGCAGCAUCACCAGAAAUACCAUAUUUUUCUACAGGUUUCUGCCUGUUUUUAUUCUUUGGAGUAACCGUCAACCAUCCUCUAGUCCUUGAUACGACUGUCAUAGUCCCAUCGAACCCAGCUGCUUUGGAAGCAUCUACAUUAUUCUUUGGAUUUUCGCGAAUUCUAAAGUAAUCAGGCAUGGUAGUUUGGUAAGGCCCUGGUUUGUGUUCCUGGGUCAUGAAAAGAUGUUUUGAGUUUUUAUAGUAAUUAUUCUCACAACCGGUUCUUCUCAGCAUUGUCUCUGCUAUUUGCUUUCCUCUUGAGGACCUGAUCUGACUCUUAUUUGAUCUUUUAGAAUCUACUUGUUCACUUCUUCGUUUUUCAAAAUCACUUUUCCCUACGCUCUUCCCUACUUUGUACUGAUUGAGUUGUUGACCGAAGUUAUUAGCAAGGUUUUUCCUGUUUAUAUCAAUAUCUCUUUUCAUAUUAUGCAUUUUAUUCAUAGUAAGGUUGCUAUCGGUUUGCUUAGUGUCGAUCUUAUUAACCUCAUUUUGUAUUUUGAUAUACCCAUCAGGCCUGUAAUGCCGUCUAGAGAAUUUGCUCUGAUUUACAGCUUUAACGUUGAUCUCGUCAUGUGGUUGGAGGUUCCUUUCAGCCAUUCUUGCUGCAGGUCCUGGCUCAGCUGCAUUUGGUUUGAAUUUCCUCUCACUAACGGGUUUAUCGUAUUUUCCAGUUGAGUAAAACUGCAUUAGAGGGGUAUCUGGUGGUCUGUGAGGGAUAAUAGACAUUUUAUAAUU